ACACAGGGUACAGGCGCAGACGCAGUCUUGCGAAAACAGAAAGGAAACCGAAAAAGAAACACAGAGAGAGAUAGAGAGAGGAUCAGAGUAGGGGGGGAAGAAGAGUCACUCCACACUCCACUCUCUCAUCCCUGGCCCCUUUCUUGGAUCAUGAGAAACCGCGCAACAAAAUUGCGGUUUUAGGCAACAUUUGGACCGGAAAACGAGCUACGUACGUGGUGCUUGGCCAUGGAUCGCAGCGUGGAAUUAAGACCAGCGAGGACCCAGCGAUCGAAGCGUGGGCGUGCUUUCUACACUUCUGUGGCCAUCUCCUCGCAGUAAGAGAUCGAGUGGGUGAUCCCUGAACUGUACUGUGACCUCGGAGGCAUGAAGCGAUCCGCCGGUGCCGGUGGCGGCAGCCCGUCGCUCGUCCCGAUGGCGAAUUCUAGCGAUGAUGGCUAUGGAGGGGUUGGGAUGGAGGUGGAAGGGGAUGCGGAGGAGGAGAUGAUGGCGUGCGGCGGCGGCGGUGAGAAGAAGCGGCGGCUGAGCGUGGAGCAGGUUCGCGCGCUGGAACGGAGCUUCGAGGUGGAGAACAAGCUUGAGCCGGAGCGGAAGGCGCGGCUGGCGCGCGACCUUGGCCUGCAGCCGCGCCAGGUCGCCGUCUGGUUCCAGAACCGCCGCGCGCGUUGGAAGACCAAGCAGCUCGAGCGCGACUACACCGCGCUCCGCCAUUCGUACGACACCCUGCGCCUCGACCACGACGCGCUCCGCCGCGACAAGGACGCCCUCCUCGCCGAGAUCAAAGAGCUCAAGGCGAAGCUGGGGGACGAGGAGGCGGCGGCGAGCUUCACGUCGGUGAAGGAGGAGCCGGUGGCCUCCGACGGCCCACCGGCGGCGGGUUUCGGGUCGUCCGACAGCGACUCGAGCGCGGUGCUGAACGACACCGACGCCGCCGGCGCCGCGCCAGCGGCGGAGGCGCUGGCUCCGGAUGUAUGCACGUUUCUUGGCGCGCCGUCCGCCGCGGGCCAAGCGGGGGCGGGCGCAACGGCCGCGAGCCACGGGGAGGUGUUCUUCCACGUGAAUUUCCUCAAGGUGGAGGAGGACGAGACGGGAUUCCUGGACGACGACGAGCCGUGCGGCGGGUUCUUCGCCGACGAGCAGCCUCCGCCGCUGUCGUGGUGGACCGAGCCCACGGAGCACUGGAACUGAACCGAAGCAAGCCACCGAGACCGAGAGAGAGCAGGGAAACAAUAUCCUGGGGGAAUAAGCAAUUCUGGAGAACGCCAGGGUCUUAUCUGCAAUUUUGUAAAAAAAAUGGACCUCUACGUACCUAGUCCCUUUUGCCAAUUCUCGCGCGCAUUAGCAGUAGCACUGCAAUGUAGUGAUCCUACUCCCAUCGAUUACCA